CACCUUAUAAUUUAGAUAACUUAUUACUCUAUCUUUUAUAUUUUUUACGCUUAAUUUUUUAUUAUUUUCCUUUAUUUUAAAAUUUUGAAACUUUUUAAGUUUGUGGUCGUCAACAGCGAGAGAACCAAAAUCGAAGGUGCGAAGAGCUCCAUGGAUUCACCGACUCAGAACACUUCAUUGCAGCGACUUCAGAAUGUGGAGAAGAGAGUGGUUAGGGUUUUGGAGUUGGCGAGCAGCGUCAUGGAUGAACUAGCAAGUCCUACAGGUCCCAAGAAAGAUAUCGUCAACAACCAUUGCCGUGAGUUUAUGCAGCUCAUCAAGGACAUCCAAAUGACACUGAGGGAUGAAAUUAAAAGUGCUUGCGAGUACCGACCAUUUGAGAAGUGUGACUACGGCCCCAGAAUAUCUAAUGAGAUUUGUUGCAAGAAGAUAGAAUACAUCCUCUCCCAGUUGGAUGGAAUGCAAAGCACCAUUGAAGAACACCAAGGUGCCGUUUAAAUGUGACCGUACCAGAAUGCAAGGUGAAAAUUCCUGCUCUGGUCUACACAACUGAAUUUGAACAUUGUUUUGACAUUGUAGAAUGUUUGUGUUUCACAGUAGGAUUGAUAAUGGAAAAGUUCUGUUUUCUUCUGGUUAUCACUUUCAGACUGAAUUCUAUCCCUUUUAUAAGUGAGAAGAGUUGUGUCUUUAGGUUGUGUUUGGUUUGAAGGGAGGGGAGGGGAGACAAUUCCAUUAUUUGGUUACAAAAAAAAUUGGAGGGAUCCCUCCCCUUUCCUCCACUCCAUUCCCUCAAAUCAAACAUACUCUAAUUAAUGAGUCUCUAUAUCUCUAUUGAUGAUCAUUUGAUCUGGGGCUUUAUCAGUGAAUAAAAUUAGAAGCAGUGA